AUGUUCGUCGGUGGCCCCAACACUAGAACUGAUUUUCACUUGGACGAAAGCCCAGAGUUCUUCUGGCAGCUCAAAGGCAACAUGCAAUUACCGAUAAUUGAACGAGGAAAGAAACAGGUCGUUGAGAUUAAGGAAGGGGAAGUUUUUCUCCUCCCCAGUAGAAUACCACACUCGCCUCAACGUCCAGAGGCCGGCAGUUUAGGGCUUGUUAUUGAGCGAGCUCGUGUGGAAGGAAAAGAGUUUGACGCCUUGCGGUGGUACACAGAUUUUGACAAGUGUGAUGAAAUCCUGUGGGAGAAGUACUUCUAUUGUGACGAUCUCGGUCGAGAUUUGGUACCAGUGGUUGAGGAAUUCAAAGCCUCUGAAGCAUUUGCAACAGGCCGACCGACGGUUGGGUCGGUGGUAGCAAAUCCUCCACUACGCCAGGACUGCACGAGGGAGACGAAAUACGAUGAGUUCAUCGAGAAGAACGAGGCCUUCCUCUACGUUUUUCGUGGUGGAAUUGAAGUUUCGAACAACGGUAUCGACCCUAGAGUGGUCAAGGCCGGCGAAUGCUUGAUUCUAAGCGGAGGAAAAUUUUCCAUAAUUUUCAAGACACAGACUAACAGAAAAUACAACAUCCACGUUUCGGCUUAG